AUGGGUGAUCGAUAUAAUAUCCAUAGUCAACUUGAACAUUUACAAUCAAAAUAUGUUGGUACGGGACAUGCAGAUACAUCAAAAUGGGAAUGGUCAUCAAAUAUUCAUCGUGAUACAUAUGCAUCAUAUUUAGGUCAUUUUGAUAUGCUUAAUCAUAUAGCUUUAUGUGAAAAUGAAAGUAAAGCUCGUGUUCGAUUUCAAUUAUUAAAAAGAAUGAUUCAACCAUGUGGACCACCUCAUGAAAAAAUGGAUGAAAGUUAA